AUGACAGAGAUUGGGCUCCCUAGUUCUGAAAUGCAUUCGGAACAGCAACAAGAAAUUCGUUCUGAUGAGUUUCCGGUUCUGGUUCGGAGAGACAAAGGUGCGUUGCCCCCUGCAAAACUCGAUGCCGCGACCAAUAAGAGGCGCAGAACUUGUGACAGCAGUGGCUCUGAUACCGACGCCUCUAGUGCGCAUGAGACCGCGAAAAAGGACGAUCGGGAAUCCGGCUCGGAAGCGAAAGCUCCGAUCGGUGAGGCUAUUGUGGACGCUUCUCCUCCCACAAUUUCAAGUGCCGAUACUUCCGCGGAAGUUAAGCAGUUGCCGCUGGCUAGUGCCUUAGAACUUCCGCGACAGCCAACUCCGGCCGACCAACCUGUACGUGUGGCUCACAUUCCUGCAGGAAGUACACAAACAGAGGCCUGUGAUGGUGGUAUACAAACACCUCUGAGCGCCGACGGUACACAUCACGUGGCAGCCGCUUCGGUUCAGGACUCACAAGAAGGGGAAUGUCAACAACUCCAGGAAAUAAUACAAACACAGCUGUCCGGAUCUGUCGGUGACAACAAACCGUUGCGGGCAGAGAAUGUUGCCAAACAGGCUGAUAGUGCGAGUGAUAGUUCAGCUGCUCGCUCGCCGGCGGUGUCGCCGCGUGCCAUCCCUUCGAGGAAUGUGCCGGGAGAGCAGCUUGACAUCACCCACGACCCUCCCACGCCGCCGGCUGCGGAGGUGCUCCACAGUGUCCGCCCCAGGAUCCGAGUGCAACCUAAUGUAAAUGCUGUGCGUAAAAUGACUGUCGAAAAACCACCCACGUCGCAACCUACAGUGCUACCGGUGACCUAUGCCGCUGCUCUGGCUUCUCCUACCACUUUGCAACGUCGCCCGGUCACCACAAACGACGCCACCAACGAGCCCGACCAGACACUGACGGAGAGCGCCUCGGACGACCCGCCGCCUCGGCCGGCCAUUGACGCCGCUCCGAAGAUGCCGACGCAACCAGACGCUGACCCUGAUCUCGGAAACACGAUGGAGAUCGACUCGCUCAUCGUUCCUACAGCGGCCUUUCUGCCAGAACGACGUGACUCCCUUCCGUCGUCGGACACGGAGGGUCGCACAAGGAAACAACGUUCCCCGAAACGUCGCAAGCGAAGACGUCGCACCGUUUCCGGCCAAGAGGAGACGUUACAAGUCGAGGAGGACGUACCCGUCGACCAGCACGAAGCCUCAGAACCCGCUACUGCUGACGAAGACGUCAUGAGCGCGGAGACAUCUAUCGCUGUCGAAAAACCACCCACGUCGCAACCUACAGUGCUACCGGUGACCUAUGCCGCUGCUCUGGCUUCUCCUACCACUUUGCAACGUCGCCCGGUCACCACAAACGACGCCACCAACGAGCCCGACCAGACACUGACGGAGAGCGCCUCGGACGACCCGCCGCCUCGGCCGGCCAUUGACGCCGCUCCGAAGAUGCCGACGCAACCAGACGCUGACCCUGAUCUCGGAAACACGAUGGAGAUCGACUCGCUCAUCGUUCCUACAGCGGCCUUUCUGCCAGAACGACGUGACUCCCUUCCGUCGUCGGACACGGAGGGUCGCACAAGGAAACAACGUUCCCCGAAACGUCGCAAGCGAAGACGUCGCACCGUUUCCGGCCAAGAGGAGACGUUACAAGUCGAGGAGGACGUACCCGUCGACCAGCACGAAGCCUCAGAACCCGCUACUGCUGACGAAGACGUCAUGAGCGCGGAGACAUCUAUCGGUGUGCCUGCGCCCCGUGCUGACGCUGAACUAAAUCAUGAACGUCUCACAGGCGACACGACACCACGCACAAUUACAACAUCUUCUGAAGACAAAAUGGACGAUACACCAGUUUCCGCUUCCACGGCGUGGCACGAGGAGGAGGUCACGGAGCAGGAGCCGUUACGGGACCCUGCGCCGUCACGGCCGCACCACUAA